GCCAGCGCCUGUUCGGAGACCGCGCGAGAUUUUCUCAUUUGAUAUUCACAUUCAGUGUUAAGACGCUUCGCCCCAGCUAUCUAUAAAGCGCAUCACUGUCGCGUAUAAAUAGUGUUAGUGGCCGGCCUGGAUGCCGGAAAAACAUACAAACCAACAUUAAAAUGCUCUGCUUGCUUCUUCCUCUGUUGUGUUUGUGAUUUUGAUGAGCUUCUUAUCACGUUAUUACACGCUUAGUAUCCGGAUAUGGUUACAGAUAUUCUCAAUCAACAUAAUGUAACUAGACCCAAUAUGAAUGUAAUAAACAUACAAAGAAUAUACCGGACACUAUGACAUUGACGGACAGUUUUUCCGGGGAAAUAGCUAGCGCGACCGAUGACUCUACAUCAAACUGGGAUCAACUAUACUGCUCCCAUCUUUGGUCAAAUAGUAAUUUACGGAAAACAAUACUCAACAAUGUCCAAAAUGUGGACGAAAGAGCUAUUACAUAUUGUUAUACUUGCAGGGGAAAGAUGAGAAAAUAUGAGAUCAAAUCUCCACGAACUGAAUUCCGACCAAAUGAGCAUUCCACUCCAAAUAUAAGAAUUUCCAAAGAGGUUAGCUUACCAUUAAAUGAUUCUAGAGGAGAUACCAUAAGUGAAGAUAUUAGUAGGACAGAAAUUUUCCCAUGUAGAAAAAGUUUCACAAACUCCGCUAUCACAGAGGUAGAAAUUAACCGUUGCAUUCCAUCAAUAUCUCAUCAAAUAGACUCGAGUAUUCGCCAAAAAUAUACUUCCUAUGAACCGCAGCCUACUGAAACCAAUCCCCGAAGACUGCGAAAAAGCCUAAAAGGCAUCGGAUGUAUCGUGAAUUUUGCUCUGACUGAACCCGUGAAGAAGCGGACUCAGAUUCAAGCGUGCUCAAUAAGUGUGAUGAUUGUUGCUAUUGUAGUUAUAAGUUUUGUUUUGGUGAAUUUUACUACUCCUAGUUCUACACGUGUAAAAGUAAUUAGUACAACUGUAGUGCCAACCCAACCCGUAAUUGUAAACAAAACUUCGUCAGCAGUUACAAAUAUUGCAUUACCGUCUGCGCAACUGCCCGAAAUUGUAACCACUGAAAUAUCGUUGACAGCAGAAGACGAGUUUAACAGUACAACUGAACAUAACUCCUUAAUUAAUAACGUUUUAUCUAAAAUUCGUAAGAAUAUAAGGACAUACCCGAAAAAUUCUAACAAAAGUAAAGAAAGCCAAAAACCAAAAGAUAUCAUAAAUCGAGACAUUGUAUCGCAAAGUUUUUGCUCGUGCCAAACAGAUGAAAUAUGCAUGCUAAACGAAAACAGCGGAGCGCCAGAUUGCAGGAAAUCUAUCGACGCCGACGAUCCUACUGGUUGUGGAGGCCUGUGUGCCUUAGAGACCGAGGCUUGUCAGCUGGUAGACAGACUGCGGGGAGUGCGCGUGUGUCGGCAACUGAGUCUGGUCACGUGCUCACCGCAAGAGUGGCGCUGUCGCAACGGGCUAUGCGUGCCGGCCGCGGCGCGCUGCGACGGCGCUGUGCAGUGCUAUGACAAGUCUGACGAGACACACUGUGAGUGUGACCUAACGAAGCAGUUUCGCUGCGGUCACUUCAUAUCAUGCUUCCCCAAUAGCAAGCUGUGCGACGGAGUCAUCGACUGUUGGGACGGCUUCGACGAACUUAACUGCACGACAGAAUGUCCCGAAGACCAGUUCACCUGCACAGACGGUCAAUGCAUCAUCGAAUCUCGCUUCUGCGAUGGAUACGCCGACUGCCCCGACGGGAGCGACGAGCCGCGGGGCUGUGACGGCGGCUGCAGUAAACACGAGUUGCAGUGCAGGAAUCGCCGCUGCGUUUCUAACGCGUUGAGAUGUGACGGUCAUGACGAUUGUGGCGAUGCUACUGACGAAACCAACUGCUCUUGAUGAUCGUUCUUCCCUUAUGCAAUUAAUAUUUAUAGUUAUUCAUGACAUUCUCGAAUCGCUCUUCUGCGAUGGGUAUGCCGACUGCCCCGACGGCAGCGACUGCCCCGACUGCAGUAAACACGAGCUGCAAGCUGCAAUGCAAUGCAGGCCGCUGCGUUUUUAACGCGUUGAGAUGUGACGGUCAUUCUCAUGACAAUUGUGGAGGUGCUACCUGACUAAACUAACUGCUGUUCAUGAUCGUUUUUCCCUUAUGCAUUAUUUCUAUUUAUUCAUGAUAUUUCCGAAUUGCGCUUCUGCGACAGGUACCUACGCCGACUGUUAAGCACAGAUUGCAAAUAGUUGGAAUCUUGGCUAGGCACCCAGGCAUCGGUUUAGAGCCAUGCUGAUCAUCAGUAUAACACAAAAACCAUCAGCCUAUCUUUUGUUGUGAUCUCACUGAUGAAAUUCAAUGCUCAUAAAAGUUCAUCCUUCCUCUUAUUCUGGAAAGAUAGAAUGAAACUUCCUUACAAUCUGAUUUUAUUUUAAGUGUUGAUAGAGUGACUGUUUAAUUAUUUUCAGUACAGAUGGUCGUUUUUUUACGA